CCCAACAAAAGACAAUCUCGUCAAGCGGAUUCAUUUUUCUUCGUCGACGAACAAGCAUUCCACCCUUGGUCGCCGUCGGGUGCCGUCCACAACUGUCAGCAUUACGUGGUUGUUCUCCGGCCAGUAUUGAAGAAGGUUCGAACCCUAGGGCUUUGUCUACUCCCACCGUUGUCAGAUAGCGAUCCAUUGGGAUGGUUCAUGGUCUUCUCUGCAGCCUUUAUGCAUGAAGAAGGCCCCUUUUCUUUCUCCAAGAAGAGGCUGAGAGUGUUGGAAUUUGGAUAUCAAGACCUACAUCCACAUGCAUUUGCAGGACGUUUCAGUGAUGUGCCAUUGCCUUCACAUCUGGAAGUAGAAAGGGAUACUGGUGAUAUUCCCUCUUAUUCCAAUCUUGAUGAUAGGGCUGAUUCAGAUUCUGGAUUGGAUAUGAGCUGCCAGUCAAAUGUUAAGAGUGUUGAUAUUCCUGUAUGUUUUACGACAAGGAAUAUUUCGUUCCAGGUUCAGAGUCAUCCUCCUGGCUAUAUGCAGCCUGCUUUUGUUAGUGGAUGGAUGUAUGUCAAUGAAAAUGGGCAAAUGUGUGGUCCCUAUAUUCAGGAGCAAUUAUAUGAAGGAUUAACUACUGGAUUCUUGCCAGUUGAGCUUCCUGUGUAUCCUGUGGUUAAUGGCACAUUAAUGAAUCCUGUACCAUUGAAUUACUUCAAGCAGUUUCCUGACCAUGUUUCCACAGGGUUCAUAUACCUGAGCAUGAGUAGCUCAAUCAUAACCAUGCCUACAGGUUGCUCCACAUCUUCUGGUAAGGAUAUAACAUCAUUCAGACAAGGGUCCUCUGAGCAUGCUCCUCCUGUAGCUGUCAACUUUGAUUCACGGUCUGUUUCCCAGUCACAUGUCAACUACACCAGUAAGGAAUUCUUGACAUUGAACUCAAAGUUAUAUGAAGAAUGCUGUUGGCUUUAUGAUGAUGAAAAGGGAAAGAAGCAUGGACCACGUUCCAUUUUGGAAUUAAUUUCCUUGCAUCAUUAUGGACAUCUCCAAGAUUCAUCAGUGAUUCAUCAUAAUGAAAAUAAGUGUAGCCCCUUUGUCCUUUUGCCUGCUAUAAAUGCAUGGAAAACAGGAAAGUUUGAAAACAUCUGUAGAUCAGAUUCCAAAAGUGAAAUGGCUUAUAGUGAUACCAGAGGCUUCAUCUAUGAAAUAUCUGAGGACAUUUCUUCUCAACUGCAUUCGGGAGUCAUGAGAACUGCCCGCAGAGUAGUGUUGGAUGAGAUUAUUAGUAGCACCAUUGCAGAAUUCGUUAGUGAAAAGAAAUCUCGGAGACACAAGCGGGAAUUAGUUGAUCAGCUUUCUGAGACUAGCUUGUUAGGCUGCAGAAUGACUGAGGCUUCUGUGGAGAUCAGAGAACGUACUGAUCUUACAAGUGAGCCAGCAUCUUCCCAACUGCUUGACGAUCAGUCUUCUUGUGAAGUUUCCAGAAUGUCUCCAACAAGCACUAAAUCGGUUGGAAGCAUUGAAAACUUUUGGUGGUCAUAUUCAGUUGUUCGUAAAGUGCUUUGUGAUUAUUGCAUGCAAGUCAUGUGGAAUGCUGUAGUUUAUGACUCCAUGGCAGAGUACAUACAUAACUGGAGAAAGAGAAAACUUUGGUCUAUUUGUCAUAAGCCUCAACCAUCAAUUAAUGGAUGUAAAGAUUAUGGUGGAAUGAUCAAAUCAGGAGAAGCUUUGCUUCCCAGGCUGGGUUCCUCUCAACAUGAUGGUGUUCAGCAUCCUCAUUCUGGAGUGGAGGCAAUUGAAAGAGACUAUCUUAGUCAAUCGUUGUCUUUGUCUUCUGUUCUCUUGAAAGAUGGUAACAUUUCAGAAAAUGGAAGAGUGUCAUGCUCUGACCGUGAUCAUAUAGAUUUGAUAUGCAUUCUUGAAAGUGUGGAGAAUGAGCUUCACUCAUCAUUGGAGGCAUCUUUAACUGAAUACAUUAAAAGUUUUGUUGACAAGGAAGUGAAAAGAUUAUUUAUUUGUCCUGAAGAGGACAACUUGGGCGAGGAUGCUCUCAGUGAUGGCAUUUUUCCAGAGAUAUCUUGUGACAAAACAUCUGAAGAGGGGAUUUUAUCUGACAAUAAGGUUACUACGAAUGAAGGAGAUUGUCUUCAAGAUUCUAUAUCUGGAAACCAUUUGUCUACUUUAUUCUCAAAUGCAUUUCAGGAGUUGCAUGCAAAUGUAGAUGAUGUGGUAAAUGAAAAGGAGAUUGGUGACAUAUCACCUCCAGGAUGUGAAAAGAGUUCAAAAACAAUAGUCCCACAAUACAAUCAUAAGUAUCGACCUUCAAGAUUAGUUGAAAGUGUUCCUGAGAUAACAAAAUAUGUUGCGACAGCCCUAUGCCGACAGAAGUUGCAUUCUGAGGUUCUUGAAGAGUGGAAAUCUUUGUUUCUUGAUGCUGUAGCCAAUCAACUUGUCGCAUCAUUCUGCACUACUAAGAAAGUCAGCCAGCGUAAUGGUCACAUGGAAGGGAAAGUACUGAAUUUGUUUGAGGAAUAUUUGAACAAUCCAACUCUGGGAAGAAUGAAGAAAAUACCCAAAUCUUCUUCAUCAGAAGAUUCUCAGAUGGUUGGGAAAUAUACAUAUCAUCGCAAGAAGCUGCCACAGAAAGAGCUAGGUUCUUCUUCACACAUAGCUGUGCCUGUCAAAAAACAAGUGGAUAAGCAGAAGAAACGUUUUUCUGGGGAUUUGAAUGAGUCUGCUAAAGUUGGAAUAUCUCCUGAUAAAACUGCACAGACUAAGCUGGUAAAAGGGAAGAAGGAUAAGCAGGCUGUUGGUGCUGAAAGAAACUUGCAGAGUAAGAAGUCAUCCGUAAAUAAUGCAACUAGUAAAAAAUUAUUGAAGCAUUCACAGGCAGUUCAAGAUGAUGUCAGCGGUGGUGAGAAAAGUAAUGGGGAAAAGAUUUUAGCUGUUGUUGAAAAUAGUGUUGGCAAGAAAAAGGUAGUUGAUAACAGCAAUGGUCGUGAUAGUGCUAUUCAUGGAAAGUUCGCUCGUCACUGCUCCAAGGAAACUCUUAAUGCAACCAAUAAAGUAUCAAAACCAAAAAGGAAGUAUCUAGUGAAUGAUGUGCCAUCCUCACGUCCUUCAAAGGCUUUGAAAAUUGCUUAUGAUGGUUCAAAGGCUGGAGUUGGUGGACACACCAUGUCAAAGACGAAGUCUGCCAGAUCCAAGUCAUUGAAUUUAUGUCCUAGAUCUCAUGGAUGUGCUAGGACUUCUAUUAAUGGGUGGGAAUGGCAUAACUGGUCUGUAAAUGCCAGUUCUACUGAUAGAGCAUGUGUUAGGGGAACACUGUUUGUUCAAAAGAACUGUAUACCAUCUGAUAGUAACCCAACUCAUUGGUCAAAUUGUAAGGGUCUUUCUGCACGAACAAAUAGAGUGAAAAUGCGUAACCUUCUUGCAGCUGCAGAAGGUGCUGAUCUUCUGAAAGCCACUCAAUUGAAGGCAAGGAAAAAGCGUUUAUGUUUUCAAAGAAGUAAAAUACAUGACUGGGGUAUUAUUGCCUUGGAGUCAAUUGAGGCAGAGGACUUCGUGAUUGAAUAUAUUGGAGAACUAAUCCGUCCUCGGAUAUCUGAUAUACGUGAGCGUCAGUAUGAAAAGAUGGGAAUUGGCAGCAGUUAUCUGUUUAGACUUGAUGAUGGUUAUGUGGUUGAUGCUACGAAAAGAGGUGGGAUUGCAAGAUUUAUAAACCACUCUUGUGAGCCUAAUUGCUAUACCAAGGUCAUAUCUGUUGAGGGUCAAAAGAAGAUUUUCAUAUAUGCAAAACGUCAUAUAGCUGCUGGUGAAGAAAUUACAUACAACUACAAAUUUCCUUUGGAGGAGAAUAAGAUUCCAUGCAACUGUGGCUCCAAAAAGUGUCGUGGAUCACUGAAUUAGAGUGAUUUGAUCUUCAAUUUAGGUUCACCUUUCUUAUUUUGGAAUUGGCAAGGCUUUGGCCAUAGGAUGAUAUUGGGUGUAGUACUCUCCAAGAUCCAGACAUUCUUUUUGAACAUCCGUUUCACCAUGGAUUGCAUUGGAUGAGUUUCAGAGCAUCCAAAAUUUGUUCAAACAAGAACUCAAAGAUCAUUGAUAUUGGCCUAUCCUUACGAGAAAGUCAUUUAUUUUGCUGGGUACAUGUUUUGGGGAGUCUGCGCUUGAGGAGAACGCUGCUGCAGGUGAAUGCAUGGAUAUUGGUCAGCAUGACUAAAGAAGGGCUGAAUGACGUGAGACUGUUCAUCCAGAAUCAUUUUGGGUUGCCUAUUCGUUGGAAGAUGAAAUAACUAACCUAUGGGAUUCUUGUAGAGUUUUUUGGCAGAUGAGUUUCUCCCCUUUAGAAGCUGUAAAUAAUUGUUUCUUUUUAACAUAUGAUAGAUGAGGAUAGACUUCGAUUGGUUUAAAUAAACAAAUGAUUUAUUAAUAAGAGAAACAUUUUUUGGAAAA